AUGUCACGGGAGUUGCCGAACGUGGUAGAUACAAAGCGCAGAGGAGGCGGAGCCGGCGUCGGACCAGGAGGCGGCGGUGGCGGCGCUGGACCGCAACGACCUGGAGGCCUUCCGUCGCCUGCUGCGCAGCGGGCGCGUGGACCCGCGCCAUCGCUACGGCAAGCCGCACUUCGGCUCCCUGCUGGAGAUCGCGGCGCGGCGCGCGCACGGCCGCGACUUCGUCAAGGAGCUGCUGGCGCACGUCAAGCCGAACGUGAACGUGAUCACAGACAGACAGACAGACUGACAGACAGGAGGGAAAGAGAAGAGAAUCACGAAAUUUACGACGUAUAA